CAGGCACAAAGUUGUCGCGUGGGCCAACUUUCGCUCUUUGUUCCUCUUCCGCCAGAUUCCGCCAGACGCUGCCAUGUCUGAAUCGUGGACGUCUCUGCGGAGACGCAUCUUUGGCGGCAGCGGAAGCAGCGACAGCACACCUGCAGAGUCGCGAGACUCAAGUCCGGCCCCAGCACCUCACGAAGCUUUGAAACGACCCGGCGCGUAUCGUGUGCUGACGAACGAGAAAUUCGAUGAGUUGAAGAAGGCCGUGAAGAGCAGCAAGGGUAAGAAGAGGAGGAACGCGUGGGUAUUUGGCCUUGGACUGCUGGGAGGGCUGUCGGCAGCGGGUUUCUUUGCGAGCAAAGAUGGCGCCCUGGAUCAGUUGGUGUCGAUGGCUGGGCUAGAGGAUAUGAACUUGGACAGCUUAAUGGAUGUAUUGCCUACAGGGCUCAUACGGGAUGUGCAGGACAUUCAGUCUCGAGAGAAACAAGCUAUUGAUUACGACUCCUUCGCAAUCGGUCUCCACGCUCGCAAUGAGGGCAUUCGUGCGAAAUAUCCCGUGAUUAUGGUUCCUGGUGUGAUAUCGACAGGUUUGGAAAGCUGGGGUACAGAAGACUCGUCAAGACAAUACUUCAGAAAGAGACUAUGGGGCUCGUGGAGUAUGAUGAGAGCGCUGAUACUGGACAAGGCAAGUUGGAAGAGGCACGUUAUGCUGGACAAGAAGACUGGUCUUGAUCCGCCCGGCAUCAAGCUAAGAGCGGCGCAAGGCUUCGAUGCGGCCGACUUCUUCAUUACAGGAUACUGGAUAUGGAACAAGAUCCUUGAGAAUCUGGCGACGAUUGGAUAUGACCCUACGAAUGCUUUCACGGCUGCGUACGACUGGCGCAUGAGCUAUCUCAAUUAUGAGAUUCGAGAUCAGUACUUUACACGCCUGAAGAAUCACAUUGAGAUCGCAAAGCACGUGUCCGGCAAGAAGGCUGUUAUGCUGUCUCAUUCGAUGGGCUCGCAGGUACUGUUCUACUUCUUCCGCUGGGUAGAGGCAGAGGGAUACGGCAACGGAGGACCAUCAUGGGUCAACGACCAUAUUGAGUCGUGGAUCAACAUCUCUGGCUGCAUGCUUGGUGCCCUCAAGGAUGUACCAGCCGUGCUAAGUGGCGAAAUGAGAGACACUGUUCAGCUGAAUGCCUUUGCAGUCUAUGGCCUCGAGAAGUUCCUGUCGCGAAUAGAACGCGCCGAGAUCUUCCGCGCCAUGCCUGGUAUCUCCUCUAUGCUUCCUAUCGGCGGGACAGCAGUCUGGGGAGACGAAAACGGCGCGCCAGAUGAUGCUUGGAACCAGACUACCACUUAUGGAAAGUUCUUGAACUUCAGAGAGAUUAACAAUACUUUGACCCCAGGGAACAUGUCUGUCCCAGGAGCCAUCGACUACCUCUUCAAGAAUACUGAAAAGUGGUAUGUAGACCAGAUUAAGAGCAGCUACAGUCGUGGUGUUGCACACACCAAGGAUGAAGUCGAAGCCAACAUGGACACGCCAGCCAAAUGGAUGAACCCGCUUGAGAUUCGCCUUCCCAUCGCGCCGGACAUGAAGAUCUUCUGUUUCUAUGGUAUCGGCAAGCCGACCGAAAGAGCUUACUACUACCGCGAAGAGCAAGAUGCUAACAAUGAUACUGCUGUCAUGAUCGACUCUACAGUCACCACCCCAGAUGGCCUGGUUGACCACGGCGUCGUAAUGGGUGAAGGCGACGGAACAGUAAACAUCCUCAGCACAGGCUACAUGUGCAACAAAGGCUGGAAAAUCAAACGCUACAACCCCGCCAACAUCCCUGUCGUCGCAUACGAAAUGCCUCACGAACCCGAUCGUUUCAAUCCUCGCGGUGGACCCAACACCGCAGAUCACGUCGAUAUUUUGGGCAGAAGCUCGUUGAACGAUUUGAUACUGCGAGUUGCUGGAGGAAAAGGACAUUUUAUUCAGGAUAAUAUUGUGAGUAAUAUUCUGGAGUAUGCGGAGAAGGUGAAGAUUGGUCCGGAUUAUGAGGGUGAGGAGAGAGUUGGCGAUGCGAAGCCGCUCAAGAAGGGGGAGGCGGAUGCUGUGAGUUUGCAUCCGGAGGAUGAAAUUCCGCCUGGUGGGGAAGAAGAGAAGGAUGGCGAUGAGAAGAAGGGUGGAGAGGAGACGAAUACCCGUGAAGAGGCCAGUAAGCAGAGUAUUGAUGAUGAUGAUAAGAAAGGUGGUGCGGGGACGAACACGGAUGGUGAGGCGAGCGGGAUGGAGAAGACGGGAGAGAAAACUACGGAGACGACGGAGGAAGAUGCGAAGGGGAAAGGUGGCAGCGCAGAGAAGGACGAGCUGUAGGACAGCGUGUUCUUUGUCGGCGCUGUGCUUGAUGGCGUGGUCGCGGGCGUGAGAGAGUUGUGAGACAUGAUACCACUUUUACAGAUAUACCCAGAAUGCACAUACAUUGUCUCGCA